CGAAAUGAAGAAGACGGAAGUAAGUAACGGAUAUCAAGAACUACAAUUAGUCAAAAUUCGUGAAUGUGAAUUGCCCGUUUUAAAACGUGCAGUCCUUAUCUACGUCCCGGCUAAAAUUAAAAAAAACGAAAAUAUGGUGCAACAGGGCUUGGAAGUGUUCAGUCGUAAUAUGAACACAGAAAAUAAUACGGAACUAUCCGAAACUAAGCGGUCACAUCAUCAAAAUACAUUUCAAGACAUGGCAAAAGGGCAAGUAGUCAAUUCAAAGUCUCAACCGUUGAAAAAUAAAUUAUUCAAUAACAUUGAAACAACACCGAUCGAGCUUGACAAAAAAUGUAUAUCAAAAAAUAAAGAAAGUCCUACUACAAUAACAUUUCUCGAAGAACUAAAAGAACAAGUCAGCAAAUUAUUUCAUCGUAAUUUAAAUGUUUGUAAUUCUACAUAA